AUGUCUUCUCUACACCCCUUUGAUCCCAUUACCCCUGGGGAGAUCCAGUUGGCUGUUCGCAUUCUGGAGGCCGCUUUUCCCGGUGUCAAGUUGCGAUACAAGCGCAUUGAUCUCCAAGAACCCACCAAGCAUGAGACCAUUCCCUAUCUUGAGGCCGAGCGUCUCGGCAAGCCGCGUCCUCGCAAACCGGCGCGUCUGCUGAUGGCCUUGUUCCAUCGCCUUGACAAUGGUUCUUUCUUCAAGGCUAUCUUGAAUGCGGACACCAAGUCCAUUGUGUCGGCAAAGGAGCUCCCUAAGGAUGUCCAGGGCCCCGUUGAUAUCGACGAAAUGCUUGAGAUUGAGGCACUUUGCUUGGGCCACCCGGCUGUCCAGGCGGAAAUUGAGAAGUUGAAGCUUCCGGCAGGAAUGUCGGUCUGCCUGGACCCGUGGAUCUAUGGCACCGAGGAUGCUAAGGAAACUCGGCGCUUGUUCCAGUGCUACAUGUAUAUCGUGGCUGUUGACCACCCACAAAACAACCAAUAUUCUAUCCCCUGCAAAUUCUCUCCCGUCUUCGAUGGCAUUACUCACGAACUGGUGCGAAUGGAUUAUCUCCCCGGCGGAGCCGAUUCCCAGACCACAGAGACACAGCCGUGGAAGCCAGUGCCCGCGGUUCAGUACGCCCACGAAUUGCUUGAUGAGCCAUUGCGUACUGACCUCAAGCCAUAUAUUGUGCAACAACCUGAGGGUGCUUCCUUCAACGUCAUUGGAAACGCAGUCUCAUGGCAGAAAUGGCGCUUCCGCGUUGGCUUUAACAACCGUGAGGGCUUGGUCCUGCACAAUGUGACCUAUGACGGUCGCAAUACCUUUUAUCGCUUGUCUUUCUCAGAGAUGACUGUUCCUUACGGUGAUCCCCGUGCCCCAUACCAUCGCAAGCAAGCCUUUGACGUUGGUGACGUUGGCUUUGGCAUCACUGCAAACCAACUCUCUCUUGGCUGUGACUGUCUUGGUCAUAUUAAGUAUUUCGAUGGUUUCCGCACCGAUGCCAAGGGUGAACCCAUCCAACUUAAGAAUGUGAUUUGCAUGCACGAGCAGGAUAACGGUCUGCAGCAUAAGCACACCAACUACCGCAGUGGCGCUGCAACAGUCGUCCGCAACCGCCAGCUCGUGGUGCAGAUGAUCUGUACCGUGGCUAAUUAUGAGUAUAUCUUUGCCUUUAUCCUCGAUCAGGCUGCAAACAUCGAGCUUGAAGUUCGUGCGACCGGUAUUCUGUCAACCGUUCCUUUCGAUAAUAUGGACGGCCAGACCGUACCAUGGGGCACCAAUGUGGGACCAGGAGUGAUGGCCCCUUUCCACCAGCACAUGUUCUCAUUGCGGAUUGACCCUGCUUUGGAUGGAUACAAGAACACCAUCUAUUAUGAAGACAGUGUGCCAAUGCCCGAGGAUGACUCGAACCCCUGGUUGGUCGGAUACACCACCGAGAAGAAUGUCAUCAAACAGAGUGGUAGCGCCUCGACCAGUGUUGAGAAGCACCGUGUGUUCAAGAUCCGCAACGACAGCAUCAUCAACCCAAUCACCCACCACCCUAUCGCUUAUAAACUGCAGACCAGCCCAAGCCAAAUGCUUCUGUCCCACCCCAAGUCCUUCGGCGCGAAGCGUGCUCAGUUCGCCACGCGCCCUAUCUGGGUGACCAAGUAUCAAGACGAUGAGCUCUUCGCCGGAGGUGAAUUCACCAACCAGAGCAAGAAAUCAGAGGGUGUCGAAGUGUGGGCAGCUCGCAACGAGAACGUGGAGGAUGAAGAUGUUGUUCUGUGGCACACAUUCGGUCUCACCCACAACCCUCGCAUUGAAGACUUCCCUGUCAUGCCCAUGGAGCGUGUCAGCGUCAUGCUCAAGCCGGAUGGCUUCUUCACUAAGAACCCAGCCUUGGACGUCCCGCAGUCUUCGCAGUCUUUCAACCAGUCCACCCAGCACCCGGAGCCCUCAUGCUGCUCUGGGCCCCAGGAUCGGAACCAGGUGAAGCUGUGA